AUGAAAAGAUCUCUAAAACUGAAUAGAAAAACAUGUAGAAUAGAGUGCUGCUCCAGCCACAGCCUCAGCGACUCUCUCCACUCCAACAUUGCAAAAAUCUCCAGCUCUGCAGAGACUAAGUGGUGCAUUAAGUCCCUGUUUGCUGUUUUUCAGAGGUAUGCUGGAAAGGAUGGGAAAAACCUCAUUCUCUCAAAGUUGGAGUUCCGAAGCUUCAUGAAUACAGAACCAGCUGCCUUCACAAAGAACCAGAAGGACCCCAGUGUUCUCGAUCACAUGAUGAAGAAACUGGACCUCAACUCUGAUGGGUGGCUAGAUUUCCAAGAAUUUCUUAAUCUCAUUGGCAGCCUGACCAUGGCUUGCUACGACUCCUUUACAAGGGCUAUCCAUUCCAGCAAGCAUCCCUGA